CUGGGAUUGUCCAGCCCGCACAAUCGAUUGCCUUGCUGCACGAGGCGACCGGGUAUAAAUACGGGGUACUCGGCAGCCUCCGUCUCUGUUCACCACCACCUCCUCUCGGGUCCCACAGUCAAAGCUUGCCUCAACUACCAAGCACGCAGCGCCUGCAUCAGCCCGCCAUGAAGAUCAACUGGUCUCCCUUGCUCGCCUUGGCCGCCGUGCCCUUGGUCCUGGCCGAUUUUGCUGCCUAUGUGCCCAACUGGGCUGUCCGUACCGGCGUUGAUGUCGGCACCCUGAACUACCAGAACGUCAACGAGAUCCUCUACGCCUUCUUCACCGUCGACGGCAACGGAAACGUUGUCCCCACCAACAAGGCGUGGGACGACAUCAACAUCCCCAAGAUCAACGCCCUCAAGGGUCGAUACGGCUUUACCUUGGUUGCUUCUAUUGGAGGCUGGACCAACUCGACUUACUUCAGCCAGGCCUUCUCGACCGCCCAAGGCCGCCAGAACUUUGUCAACUCGGUCUGGACCAAUCUCAUCACCAGCAACUACGCCUUCGACGGCGUCGACAUUGACUGGGAAUACCCCGGCGCAUCCGGCUAUGGCUGCAACACCAUGAGUAACUACGAUUUCCAGAACUACAACCUCGUCCUCCAGCUCCUUCGCCAGAAGCUCGGCUGGGGUCGCCCCAUCACCGUUGCCCUCGGCGCUACCGUCAGCGUUUACCGCGAUGUCAACGGCACCAACUGGAUUCCUGUCUGGGCUCAGCAGCUGACCCACAUCAACAUCAUGACCUAUGACUACUCUGGCAACUGGAACCCCUUCACCGGCAUCGGCACCCCGAUCUACCAGAACCCCUCCGACCCUCUCCACAUCAUUUCCAUCCAGGACACCCUUCGUGACUACGUCAAGACCCUCAAGGUCGACCGCAGCAAGCUCCGCCUGGGCCUCGAAUUCAACGGCCACUCAUUCUAUCCCAUUCACAGCGACGCCAACCACCCCGACGGUCUCUACCAAAACUGCCCCCUGACCAAUGCCAGUGAUAUCACCUCGGGCGCCUGCACCGUCAUUCAGGGCGACUUUUUGGACGAUCUCGAGUAUGACGGCUGCAACUGGCCCGCCACCAACACCGGCGACUGGAGCUGGAGAGGUCUGCGUACCCGUGCGCGCGGCGGUAUUCUGUCGUCGGCCACGACUCCCGUUGCUGGCUCUGGCUGGGUCCGCACCUGGCACUCUGAUGUUAUGGCCCCGACUCUGCUCAACAACAACACCGGCGUCUUUAUCACGUACGACGAUGUCCAGUCGAUCGCCGCCAAGGUCAAAUUUGCCAAGCAGUGGAACCUGGGUGGCGUUUUUGCCUGGGAGAUGAGCGAGGAUUACUACGAUCCUUCCUCCGGCAUCAACGGCGAGCUCAUCACUGCUGCCGUGGCCCAGUACCAGGGCAUCACCAAGCGCUUCAUUGACGAUGGCAACGCUCCGGCCGGCACUGUCUGCCGUGGUGCCAACCCUGACUGUUAAAGUGGACGUGUGCUCCACUAACGCCCAAGAGGUACAACCACUGGGCCGCACGAAUCUGCGCGCAUAGCUGCAUCCGGAUCGUGUCAACUGUUCUUCUUCUCUAUGAUCCGGGAGGGCGAGAUGCAGUGCUGUGGUCGGAUGCCAUGCGAUGUCAGUUGCAGCCGCUCUCUGAUAUCGACACGGACGCCAUGGUCCUUCUCGCUGUCUAUGAACC